AUGAAACGAAAACAAAACCCAGUAGUAGUGGAUCAUCACGAGGACUCCGACUCUGCGACCGACGAAAGUGAUGAUGAUGAUUUCAUCAUGGGUCAUCAUCAUGACAAUUUGAACACCAUGAGAGUCAUGCAAAAACAACAAAAAUCUUCCUCUCAAACAACAAACAAAAAAAAGAAAACCACCCGAUCUUCCUCUUCAUCCUCCUCGAUCGGAGAGAUUAAAAAUGGAAAUACCAUUGUUCGUAAAGUAAACCUUGAUGCUGAAUCGGAACACUCGUUACUACUCUAUGCUCAAAGUCAACUCUUACAUACUGAAACCACUUAUCGUCCAGUCUUAUUCUAUGCUCCUCAACUCGGUGAUGAUAUUGUUUUUAUUAGAGAAGGAUAUAAGGCUUACAUGGAACAAAUCAAAGAAGAUAUUUCAACCUUGACCUAUGUCCUUCCUGUUUUUGAAAAUGUUCCAAAUGUUGAACAGUUUCCUCCAUCCAUCAAUUGUACAGUUUCUCAAAUAGAAUACAAGAGUAUUGUACUUAAAGAGAAUAUAAGAAUUACAUUAUUUACUUUGACUCUUACAAAAAAGGCAAUCAUGAAUGAUGAGGUGAUGGAAGGAUCUAAUUAUAGUCCAUUUCAAACAGGUGAUACUUUUAAAAUUGAUUUAAUUGAAAGUUCAUUUUGCAAACCAUUUAUUAUUACAUUACAACAUUAUCAAUGUGCUGCUCAUUACUUUAAAACACUCAAAAUUGGAGAUGUUGUAAAAUUAGAUUUCUUUGAAAAUUCAGAAUUUGUUGCCUAUGAUGGAACUAUUGCUAGUAUUGAACCCAUUUCAUCAAAAGAACCUAAAUGUAUGUAUGAAGUAAUCAAAGUCAAAUGGCCAGAAGAAUCUGAAUUGGAUAAAAUUAGUGUUUGGGAAUUGAAAGAUAUUGAAGACAAAACUCCAUUCAUGAAAUCACUUCCACAUAUUCCAACUCUUGUGAAUAAGAAAUUGAUUCAUACAUUAACUGAAUUUACAAAAUCUCCUUCCCAUAGCAGCUUACCUUAUUUGGUCAAAUCACCGUAUCCCAUGCUAUUCACAACUCUCUUGGAAAGACUUGUAAAAAAUUUCUAUCGAAAUGCCAAUGCCUUUUUAUUUGAUUUUAAACAUGUCGUGGAAUGUGUGAGACGAGAAAUACCUUCAAAGAAUAGUAAUGCAGUGAAACAAAUGAUGAAAACAGCACUUGCAAUUGAAGAGAUUGUUCAACAACAACAACAACAACAUGGUGGUGAUGAAAUGAGCAUGAAAAGUUCUUCAAUACCUCCUCAGCCUUCUUCUUCUUCGUCAGUAAUCAUACCAUCUGUAGGUGGUGGUAGUAGUAGUACUAGUGCUACGAUGAGUAUGACUGCCAAAACAACAACAUCCUCCACCAUCACACCUCCUCCAAUACCUCAACAACUCUCCCAAAAAGAUGACUCUACCAAAAAGAAGUCCAAAGCAACAACAACAACCACUGUCAGUAGUUCUACUGCAAUUUCUUCUUCCUCUACAAGUAAGGGCAUGAUGAAAACAGCAGAACAAACAAUGAUCACUCUUCCUAGUAGUAGUAGUAGUCAUCAUACUGAACUCGUGACAAAUACUGCUGCUGCUACAAAGAGACAACACAAAAUGGCAGAAAAGUCUCCAAAGAAGAAAGCAAACACCACCACCACCACCACCACCACUAUUACUACUGCUGGUACUACAACGACUCCCUCAAUGAUGACUCCCACCAGUAGUCAAGAUUUAAAAGAGACCUCAAUCCCAACCAAGCCAAUCACCAAGCCAAUCACCACUCUUGUAACAAAGAAGGAUGAUGAAGAGACUGAUUCCUCUGAUGAAGAACAGAAUACAACGAACAAGUAUAGUAGUAGUAGUUCACUAGGAAAUUUGAAUGCCACACAUCCACCAUCCACACCAAGUGAUACUACUACACUCACAAAAACCAUUCAUGAUCAUAUUCAAUCAUAUUUAGGAACAACAACAACUCCACACUAUCUUCCAGACAUUCCAAAAAUAGCAUCUAAAAAACAAGAAACGACUCGUGUAUCCUCAACUCAGCCAUCGAUGGUUGUUAGUAAUGUCAUUCAGAAUAAUUUGAACCACACAACGACUACACCUACAACAACUUUUAUGGGUUCUUCUUCUUCUCAUACUACUACCACUACUGCUAUACCUAGUGGUGGUAGUAGUGACACAAAAACUUUGACGAGUGGUGUGAGUACUAUUGCUACUACUAAUAGUAGUGCUGGUCGUACUUUUCAAACAGAAUUGUUGCCUAGUCUUCCAAAUAUUCAAAAGAAGAAGAAGAAUAAAUCAUCCACUGAAGAAUCAAAGAGCUCUGAAGAAAAGAAAGAAAAAAAGAAAAAGAAACCUCAUGAUGAAGAGAAGAAAAAGAAGAAAAAGUCUGAAGAAGAAUCAACACCAAUGUUCAAGAUUAAAAUCAAAUUAGACAAUGAAUCAAGUGGAAUUAGUCCCAUUCAAGAGUCAACGAUAGCAACAACAUCCUCUCUCACCACACAACCAUUAUCAACUACCUUAUCUGAUGACACUGCGACACCACUAGCACCUUCAUUACUCUCACAACCCUCUCAAGCUGACUCAAUGACCACCACUAGCAUGACCACCCUCAUGCCACUUCCAGAUCAUACUCUCAACAAGAUGGAUAUAGGACAUGGAUGUGAAGAUGGAUUCACUUCUUCUCAGACAAUCACUACUGCAACACCCACUCACAUCAAUCAAAGAAUUACCAUUCCACCAAUAAGACUUUUAAAGAAUGUAAAACAACACCAAUUACUCUUACAAGAGAAUAUCAUGAAAGAUGAUGAAGAAGAUGUCAUUAAUUAUCAUGAAAUUUUUGUCAAACUCAUAACAAUUGAAAAUGAUUCAAAAAUUAAGGUUCAAUUAGAAUCAAAUCCUAAUUUUGAUCAAAAUCAAGCAGAAAAGAGAAGAGAAUGGUGUAAAUUAUUAGAAAAUAAUUUCAAAAAUAUUGGAACUACAACUUCACAGCAUAUUAUUUCUCAAAUUUAUGGCAACAACUCUAAAAGAAUGAACAAGACUUCAACAGGAUAUUCAUCAUUUAUGGAUCUAAGUUUACCUGUAUUUACUACUCACAAAGAAUUAAUUAUUUAUAGAGAUGAAAUUCCAGAGAUAGAUUUUAUUCCAAAAUCCUUAUUUGAACUUAAAUUUAAAGAUAUUUAUUUAUAUGAACAAAGACAUUCAUUGAGAAUAGAAAAUAUCAAAACUCCAAUUACACAUUUACAAAUCCAUAUGGUUAGAGAAGAGAGUCAAUUCAUGGAUGAAGAUAUUGAUGGAUUUUGCAACACCAUUAGAAUUAAUAUCAAGUGUAGUAUGACAGAGCCAGAAAGAGUUCAAUUUUAUUCUCUUUUCGAUAAGGUAUCAGAGGCAAGAUCUAUUUGUAAAAAUAGCAAGUUAUUAUUUGCUCAUCCACAACCUCAUACAUUAUUUGAACUCUGUGAGAAGUUUGGAUUUAUUGUCGAUGAUGUCUUUGAUUGGUUUGUUGAAGGCUUCUAUUUUAAGAGACGAAUUGGAAGAAAUCCAAACCUCGUUUCAUCCAAUGCGAAAUAUUUGAUUUUGGAUUUGGUGUACUUGCAUGAUUGCACCGAAUUGGAAAUAAAUUCGCAAUAA